CGGCCAUGUUUGUGGUGGAUCCCUCAUCAACAGAGAGUGGGUGAUGUCUGCUGCUCACUGCUUCUCCAGUACAAGUACGUCUAGAUGGCAGGUUUCUCUCGGUCGUCAGAACCUGCAGGGCAAAAACCCAAACGAAGAGUCCAGAGCCGUUGCCAAAAUAAUUUUGCAUCCAAAAUAUGACAGUUCCACCAGCGACAACGACAUUGCUCUGCUCAGACUCUCCUCACCAGUCAAAUUCACAGACUACAUCAGACCUGUGUGUCUGGCAGCCAGUGACAGUGUGUUCAACAACGGUACUGAUAGCUGGGUCACUGGCUGGGGCGCAGUCAAGGAGGGAGUGUCAUUACCGUUCCCUGAAACCCUUCAAGAAGUGGAGGUGCCAGUUCUGGGAAACAGACAUUGUAACUGUCUCAAUGGAGUCGGUACAGUCACAGACAACAUGAUCUGUGCUGGUGUUCUGGCAGGAGGCAAAGACUCAUGUCAGGGUGACUCAGGAGGUCCAAUGGUGAACCAGCAGGGCUCCGUCUGGGUCCAGUCUGGAAUUGUUAGUUUUGGUUUUGGUUGUGCUCGACCCAAUCUGCCGGGAGUCUACUCCAGAGUGUCCAGUUACCAGUCCUGGAUCAACUCCCACAUCAGCUCUGAUAAGCCAGGCUUUGUCCAGUUCACCUCCAGUGGGCUGGAUGCUGACAGCAGCUACACCUGUCCUGGUCUGUCACCUCCUGUUAUUACUACUACUACUACUGGUACUGCAGGACCAGACACAACUACAGACCCAGCAACUGAAACCACAGGUCUAUUGUGUGGCAUCACACCCCUGAACACCAGGAUAGUUGGAGGGGAAGAUGCUCUACCGGGAAAUUGGCCCUGGCAGGUUAGUCUGCAGAAAUUUGGCGGCCAUGUUUGUGGUGGAUCCCUCAUCAACAGAGAGUGGGUGAUGUCUGCUGCUCACUGCUUCUCCAGUACAAGUACGUCUAGAUGGCAGGUUUCUCUCGGUCGUCAGAACCUGCAGGGCAAAAACCCAAACGAAGAGUCCAGAGCCAUUGCCAAAAUCAUUUUGCAUCCAAACUAUGACAGUUCCACCAGCGACAACGACAUUGCUCUGCUCAGACUCUCCUCACCAGUCAAAUUCACAGACUACAUCAGCCCUGUGUGUCUGGCAGCCAGUGACAGUGUGUUCAACAACGGUACUGAUAGCUGGGUCACUGGCUGGGGCGCAGUCAAGGAGGGAGUGUCAUUACCGUUCCCUGAAACCCUUCAAGAAGUGGAGGUGCCAGUUCUGGGAAACAGACAUUGUAACUGUCUCAAUGGAGUCGGUACAGUCACAGACAACAUGAUCUGUGCUGGUGUUCUGGCAGGAGGCAAAGACUCAUGUCAGGGUGACUCAGGAGGUCCAAUGGUGAACCAGCAGGGCUCCGUCUGGGUCCAGUCUGGAAUCGUUAGUUUUGGUUUUGGCUGUGCUCGACCCAAUCUGCCGGGAGUCUACUCCAGAGUGUCCAGUUACCAGUCCUGGAUCAACUCCCACAUCAGCUCUGAUAAGCCAGGCUUUGUCCAGUUCACCUCCAGUGGGCUGGAUGCUGACAGCAGCUACACCUGUCCUGGUCUGCCACCUCCUGUUAUUACUACUACUACUACUACUACUACUACUACUACUGGUACUACUACUACUGCAGGACCAGACACAACUACAGAUCCAGGAUCCACAGCAUCAAGUGCUAAAUUGUGUGGCGUCACGCCCCUGAACACCAGGAUAGUUGGAGGUGAAGACGCUCCACCAGGAAGUUGGCCCUGGCAGGUUAGUCUGCAGAGAUUUGGCGGCCAUGUUUGUGGUGGAUCCCUCAUCAACAGAGAGUGGGCGAUGUCUGCUGCUCACUGCUUCUCCAGCACAAGUACGUCUAGAUGGCAGGUUUCUCUCGGUCGUCAGAACCUGCAGGGCAAAAACCCAAACGAAGAGUCCAGAGCCAUUGCCAAAAUCAUUUUGCAUCCAAAAUAUGACAGUUCCACCAGCGACAACGACAUUGCUCUGCUCAGACUCUCCUCACCAGUCAAAUUCACAGACUACAUCAGACCUGUGUGUCUGGCAGCCAGUGACAGUGUGUUCAACAACGGUACUGAUAGCUGGGUCACUGGCUGGGGUGCAGUCAAGGAGGGAGUGUCAUUACCGUUCCCUGAAACCCUUCAAGAAGUGGAGGUGCCAGUUCUGGGAAACAGACAUUGUAACUGUCUCAAUGGAGUCGGUACAGUCACAGACAACAUGAUCUGUGCUGGUGUUCUGGCAGGAGGCAAAGACUCAUGUCAGGGUGACUCAGGAGGUCCAAUGGUGAACCAGCAGGGCUCCGUCUGGGUCCAGUCUGGAAUUGUUAGUUUUGGUUUUGGCUGUGCUCGGCCCAAUCUGCCGGGAGUCUACUCCAGAGUGUCCAGUUACCAGUCCUGGAUCAACUCCCACAUCAGCUCUGAUAAGCCAGGCUUUGUCCAGUUCACCUCCAGUGGGCUGGAUGCUGACAGCAGCUACACCUGUCCUGGUCUGCCACCUCCUGUUAUUACUACUACUACUACUACUACUACUACUACUACUACUGGUACUAUUACUGGUACUACUACUACUGCAGGACCAGACACAACUACAGAUCCAGGAUCCACAGCAUCAAGUGCUAAAUUGUGUGGCGUCACGCCCCUGAACACCAGGAUAGUUGGAGGUGAAGACGCUCCAGCAGGAAGUUGGCCCUGGCAGGUUAGUCUGCAGAGAUUUGGCGGCCAUGUUUGUGGUGGAUCCCUCAUCAACAGAGAGUGGGUGAUGUCUGCUGCUCACUGCUUCUCCAGCACAAGUACGUCUAGAUGGCAGGUUUCUCUCGGUCGUCAGAACCUGCAGGGCAAAAACCCAAACAAAGAGUCCAGAGCCAUUGCCAAAAUCAUUUUGCAUCCAAACUAUGACAGUUCCACCAGCGACAACGACAUUGCUCUGCUCAGACUCUCCUCACCAGUCAAAUUCACAGACUACAUCAGACCUGUGUGUCUGGCAGCCAGUGACAGUGUGUUCAACAACGGUACUGAUAGCUGGGUCACUGGCUGGGGUGCAGUCAAGGAGGGAGGUGAGUCUGCUUUGUCAUUACCGUUCCCUGAAACUCUUCAAGAAGUGGAGGUGCCAGUUCUGGGAAACAGACAUUGUAACUGUCUCAAUGGCGUCGGUACAGUCACAGACAACAUGAUCUGUGCUGGUGUUCUGGCAGGAGGCAAAGACUCAUGUCAGGGUGACUCAGGAGGUCCAAUGGUGAACCAGCAGGGCUCCGUCUGGGUCCAGUCUGGAAUUGUUAGUUUUGGUUUUGGCUGUGCUCGACCCAAUCUGCCGGGAGUCUACUCCAGAGUGUCCAGUUACCAGUCCUGGAUCAACUCCCACAUCAGCUCUGAUAAGCCAGGCUUUGUCCAGUUCACCUCCAGUGGGCUGGAUGCUGACAGCAGCUACACCUGUCCUGGACUGCCACCUCCUGUUAUUACUACUACUACUACUGGUACUACUAUUACUACUACUAUUACUAGUGGUACUGCAGGACCAGACACAACUACAGACCCAGCAACUGAAACCACAGGUCUAUGUUCCAUGUCAAGUGCUAAAUGUAAGUAA